AUGGACCAGCUAAAGAAGAUCUCUGUUGACCCCAGGAAGAAAACCCACCACGAGUACUACCUCAUGUCCAAGUUUGAAAUCCUUCAGUGUGGAGACGUGGAGAAACUGGUCAAGAAGAGCCAAACAGAUGAAGACACACCUCUGUACUACGUUUCCAUUGAAGACACCUUUGACGUCAUCAAGCGGGCACACAUGUCAACAGGCCACGGUGGACGUGAUCGGAUGCUGAAAGAACUAUCCAAAAAGUAUGUGAAUGCGACACGUGAAGCUAUCGAAUUGUUCAAGUCGCUAUGCAUGAACUGUCAAUGGAAACGCAAGAGGCCAACAACCAAAGGUGUGGUGGUCCAACCUUUUCUGACCAAGGAGUUUUCGUCACGUAGCCAAGUGGAUCUUGUAGACAUGCAGUCCUUACCCAGUGAAAAGUACAAGUGGAUCAUAGUUUACCAGGACCAUUUGACCAAGUUCUGUAUUCUCAGGCCUCUUACUUCGAAGCGUGCCUCGGACGUUGCCUAUCAGCUGACGGAUAUCUUCCUGAUGUUUGGAGCUCCCCAUGUCUUGCAGAGUGACAACGGAUCCGAGUUUGCAGCUGCUGUAGUCAACGAAUUGAUAGAAUUGUGGACCGAAUUGGUGAUUGUGCACAGGAAACCAAGACACCCCCAAAGCCAGGGCUCUGUAGAGCGGGAAAACUCAGACAUUAAAGACAUGUUAGUAGCCUGGAUGAGCGAGAACGACACAAGGGACUGGACUGAAGAAUUCAAGCUACAGUGCUGGCAUCAAGCAAUCACCGUAUUCAGGUCUCUUUGGGAUGGAGGCGUGUGUUGGAUUGAUAUCACUUGUCCGCCAACUCGCAGCCUGACCAGUUGCCACCCAACUCGGAGCCUGACCAGCUGCCGCCCAAAUCCGAGCCUGACCAGCUGCCGCCCAACUCCGAGCCUGCCCCGCUACCGCCCAACUCCGAGCCUGACCAGCUGCCACCCAAAUCCGAGCCUGACCAGCUGCCGCCCAACUCCGAGCCUGACCAGCUGCCGUCAUUAUUUUUCAUUCAGUCAUUUUGCCUAA